CGGGCCAACAGCUUCAUAAUGGGCGACCAGGGGCUUUGUGCAGUUUUGAAAGAAGUCGUUGACAACUUGCAUGUAGACCUAGGCUCAGACAGCGCGCUGCGACCUCUACUAUUUUUCUACGCACUCUUUCCGCCUGCAUCUUGCCCCGGUUCCAUUCUCGUGCUCAGUUUGUACCUAAUCAUUCAUGAACGCUUCUUCGAUAUAGUGCGGAUCGUUCGGGCGGGUUGAAGCAAAGAACCGAAGCCAUUGAGGUACUAUCAGACGAAUUCUCAUCGACGGCGCGAUGCAUUUAAGUCACCAUGCGCCGUGCCGGGCGCUGCUCACAGCACUGCUGGCCGCGCCGCAGCUUGCAUCGGCCUUCUACCUCCCCGGUGUCGCGCCGACAUCAUACAAGCAGGACGAGCCGGUGCCGCUUUAUGUCAACACCAUCCGGCCAGUCGCAGGGUCAGAUGCCAUGUUACACUCGGUUGUGUCCUACGAUUACUAUCACCCCCUUUUCCAGUUCUGCAAGCCCGAGCAAGGGGUCGAAAAUGUCGGCGCGAGCUUAGGCAGCAUACUGUUCGGGGACAGGAUAAAGACAUCCCCAUUCGAGCUUAAGAUGAAACAUAACGAGACCUGCAAAACACUGUGCAAGACGAAAUACGAGAAAGGGCCGGCCCAGUUUGUGAACCAGCAAAUCCGGGAGGGAAUCAGCCUCAACUGGCUAGUGGACGGGCUUCCAGCAGGGCAGCCGAUCGUAGAUGACUGGACCAACACGGAGUUUUAUAAUCCAGGAUUCCUUUUGGGACAGACGACGGCGGAGGGUCACCAGGUUGAGUUCAACAAUCACUAUGACAUCCUUGUCGAAUACCACCAAGUGGCCGGGAGCAAAGACCAAUACCGUGUCGUGGGGGUGCUUGUCCAGCCCGAGUCGAGGAGAUACACCGGCGGGGUCGGCCCGGACACGUGCAACGACCAGACGCUGCCCCCCGUAGUUCUGGACGAGUCGGGCGACACCGAAGUUCAGUUCACAUACAGUGUGUAUUGGAGGCCGUCGGCGACAGCUUGGGCAACGCGCUGGGACAAAUACCUCCACGUUUUCGACCCCAAGAUCCACUGGUUCUCGCUCAUCAACUCGGCCAUCAUUGUCGUCUUCCUGGUGCUGACGGUCAUGUCGAUCCUCGUCCGUGCUUUAAAGAAGGACAUAGCCCGUUACAACAGGCUGGAUCAGCUCAACCUUGAGGACCUCUCUGGCACAUCAGCCCUGGAGGAUGGCGUUCAAGAGGACUCGGGCUGGAAGUUGGUCCACGGCGACGUGUUCCGCACGCCCUCUCACCCGCUCUUGCUCUCCGUCUUCCUGGGUAACGGCGCCCAGCUCUUCGUGAUGGCCGGCUUCACCAUCGCUUUCGCCCUCCUUGGCUUCCUCUCCCCCUCGAACCGCGGUUCCCUCGGCACGAUCAUGAUCCUCCUCUACACCGUCCUCGGCUUCGUCGGCGGCUACACAUCGGCUCGCAUGUACAAGUCGCUGCAGGGCGACAAAUGGAAGCUCUGCAUCAUCCUGACCCCUCUCCUGGUGCCGGGCAUCGUCUUCGCCACCUUCUUCCUGCUCGACCUCUUCCUCUGGGCGAAGGAAUCCUCCGGCGCCGUUCCAUUCACCACCAUGCUGGUCAUAAUCCUGAUCUGGUUCGUCAUCAGCGUCCCGCUCUCCUUCGCCGGCUCAUGGCUCGGCUUCCGCGCGCCUACCAUCGAGCCGCCCGUCCGCACCAACCAGAUCCCUCGCCAGAUCCCGCCCGUCACCACCUACCUCAAACCGGGGCCGAGCAUGUUGCUGGUGGGCCUCCUCCCUUUCGGCGCCAUUUUCGUCGAGCUCUACUUCAUCAUGAGCUCCAUCUGGUUCAGCAAGAUCUACUACAUGUUCGGCUUCCUCUUCCUGUGCUACGGCCUCAUGAUCAUGACGUGCGCCGCCGUUACGGUGCUUAUGGUGUACUUCCUGCUGUGCGCCGAGGAUUACAACUGGCAGUGGCGCUCCUUCCUGGCCGCCGGCACCACGGCCGGCUACAUCUUCCUCAACGCCCUGAUCUACUGGGUCAGCAAGCUGUCCCUGGGCGGCUUUGCGGGGAGCGUGCUGUAUAUCGGGUACAGCUUGCUCAUCUCGUUCUUGUUCUUUAUCCUGACCGGCUCCAUCGGCUUCUUUGCAAGUUGGCUGUUCGUCCGCAAGAUCUACUCAUCCAUCAAGAUCGAUUAGACAGUGUAAGAUGGGCGCAAAAUUCAGGGGAUGGGCCUGUCGUCGUGGUUUCCGUGGUUGCUUGCCAUCUAGUGGUAGGCUAGGUAGUCGAAUCGAUGUACAGUACCAUCGCGCAGGGGUACGGAGGAUGUGGAAAAGUUUGUAACAUCAACACGAGGGAAGUUAGUGCUUGUGUCCCGGGCAGGGAGCAUACUAUACCAUACUAGACGAUUGUUGUCUUGUCUUUCCUCAACAUGGGCGACGGAGUUGAACUUGGGCCAGGGUUUCUGACGGAGAGGCGGAAUGCGGGCUGAAAGAGAGGCGCGGCUGAGGCACAUUCUUGCCUUAGGAUGAUUACGGUACCUU